AUGGACUGUGAAAAAUCAGUCAACAUCCUUGACACCUCCGGGUCAAUGUUUGCGUACCCAUGGCUGGAAUACCAAAAGAACACCAAAGAACUCAGAAAAGCUACAACUCCCGUUUACUUGCCUUUGUUCUACUACCAGAUGCCAAAGAAAGAACUUCCCCCAAGUCCGGAGUGCUGGAGGCAGUACCCAGGCAAGCCAAAUGCAGUCCCUUACUGCUACUUCAACAAGCCUGAAGUCUACACGCACUGGCGUAUCCUAUACGACCAGCGGGAGGAACGAGUGGCCCAGAAGAUGUUACGGAAAAUGAGAGAUCAUUCUAGGUACCUCAAAGAGGAUACCCAAGCCCAUCUUCCCAUGAGCAAAUAUCAGGUGGGAUCCGGGUCCUUAGAGCUGACUGGGGACACCUUGAAGUGGCAAAGAUUAAAGGAACUCACAAAAAGCCUGAACUCUCCCACAGAGGAUGAGCAGUUGUAUGCAGCACAGGCUCUGGGGUGCUUGGGCAUCAGUGACAACUUUGUCAUGGAGGCAUUAUGGCAGGUGGCCCAUACUGGUCCAGAGAAAGUGAAGUAUGAGGCCUAUCGAUCCCUGGCCAUCCUGGGUUGCCUGAAUAAGCAUGUGAUCCGGUAUCUCAUCAAACAGUUGAAGGAACAAAAUGAGGAUCAAAAGUUGGAGACUUUGGUGGGGCUGCGAAUGGCUCUGAACUCCUGGGCUGCUCUCCCUACAGAUAAGAGGAGUCAAGUUGGGUAUGAAGAAAAGUUGGUACCGGAGCUACAGAUGCUGAUAAAGAAGUCAUCGCAUGAAAUUGCCCUGGAGGCAGCCCUGUGCUUGGGCUUCCUGAGGCCCUACAGUGACAUGGCCCGAGAGUUCUUGUUGCAGUGCCUGUGCCAAGGGCUCAAGAAGCAGCAGAUGAAGGCACUUAGGAUGCUGGUCAAGAAGAUGCAUGUACACUCAGCCUCGGUCAUCAAGGCUACCCUAGACCAGCUGUGUUCUUCCAGUGUCCUUGAGGACCGCUCUGAAGCCACCCAGAUGCUGAGGACCAUUGGGCUGGAACAGAUUCAGGCACAAGGACUAGAAGAACUCACGUUUGACCUGCUCAAGAAGAAGACACAUAAUGAACCCUUCCUCGUUGUAAGGCGGGCUGUGGCUGAAACUGUGGAAGAGCUCAAGAUGAGACCUAUGAUGAUGAACAUGGUGGAAGCGCAACUGACGAACCCAGAUCCCAUUGUACGCAAGGAAGCAGUCACUUCUUUGGGUGUCCUGGGAAUCCACAGAUCACACGUGUUCCACUUGCUCCUGGACAUGCUAGAUUCAGAGGACCAUCAGGAUGUAAAGAAAAGUCUACAAGAAACAUUAAUCCUUUGUGCCUCAACUGAUCCUUGGAUCCAAAGGAAGCUGAAGAACAAGGUUUUCCUUGUAUGUGAGGCAACUGAGACCCCGGUGAAGGCAGAGCCUACAAAGAUCUGUCAGAAGACUGAUAACCUGGAAGAGUUAAAUAUCCAAGACUUUCGACUUGCAAAGCUAAACCCUUUGUUUAUUGCCAAGUCUAGCCCCAAUGAGGAUGAGAAGAAAAAGUUGUAUGCCUUCCCACCACUUUUGUGCUCUACACCACAAAAACACAGGUCACAGGCUACAGGGCCCUGGCAGCUAAAGCUCAGCCAAGAGUUCCAGAUCCUUACGGAUAAUGCCAAAUAA